UACCUAGCUAAGUAGUACAGAACCUUACUGCCAUAUCAGUUCUGUAUGUAUAAACUAUGCUGUUUAAGACGUGAAUUUAAGACGUUUUAUCAAGAUGCUAAAAGUGCAAAGAGUUGUUCUAUCCUCACGCCCAGGCAAAAAUGGUCAGCCAGUUCCCGAGAACUUUCGUGUGGAGGAGACUAGUCUGCCUACAGAGCUAAAACAGGGUGAAGUCCUUGUCAGGACAUUGUAUCUGUCUGUUGAUCCCUACAUGCGUUGUCGUAUGAAUGAUGAAACGGGGGCUGACUACCUGCUACCAUGGAGGCUGGGGGAUUGUAUUGACGGAGGUGGGGUUGGUGUGGUGGAGGCUAGCAAGAAUGAACAACAACUGGGUGUUGGUGACACUGUUACAUCUUUUAACUUGCGCUGGCAAACCCAUGAUGUGAUCAAUGGCAAGUCUGUACAGAAGGUUGACCCCAGGAUGGUUGAUGGUCACUUGUCAUAUAUUCUGGGUGCAGUGGGUAUGCCUGGUCUUACUGCGCUUUUUGGUGUGAGAGAAAAAGGUCAUGUGAUUCCCGGAACAGGUCAAACUAUGGUGAUCAGUGGAGCAGCUGGAGCUUGUGGAUCACUUGCUGGACAGAUUGGUAGACUGGAUGGCUGUGAAAGAGUGGUUGGGAUCUGUGGAUCAGAUGAAAAAUGCCAGACCCUGGUGUCAGAGCUGGGUUUCACAUCAGCAGUGAAUUAUAAAAAAGGGGACAUUUUAAAAGCACUUAAAGACAGCUGUCCCAAUGGAGUGGACAUCUACUUCGACAAUGUUGGAGGUCCUAUCAGUGACACUGUUAUAUCACAGAUGAACAGUGGCGGUCAUGUCAUCCUGUGUGGUCAGAUUUCUCAGUACAACCUAGAUGUCCCCUACCCACCUCCACUGAGUGAUAAAACUCAACAAACUUUGCGUGAAAAAAACAUCACCAGGGAAAGAUUUAUGGUACUGAACUACAUGGAGAAGCACAAUGAAGGCCUGGAGCUGCUAGGUCAGUGGGUGAUGACAGGCCAAAUUAAGGUGUUGGAAACUGUUGUGACUGGAAUAGAAAAUAUGGGAGUGGCCUUUUGCUCAAUGAUGACUGGAGGCAACACUGGAAAGCAAAUUGUCAAAAUUUCGGACUGAGCUACACCUCCAACAGAGGGUACUGUUUUUUUCACAAUGAGCCUUGCGGUUUAUGUUGCUAUGUACAUGCAUUUACCUGUAACUACCUGUCCUGUCAUAAAUGUAACCAAUGUAUAAAACAUAAUGUUAAAAUCCUAAUAAAUAAAUAAGUGUUUUUGUG